AUGUCCACUGAUUCGGUCUCGGACCGGCGUUCAGCAGGCCCUCAACACCCCAUCUUGACGGAAGAACUGUUGUCAGCCUUUGAGUCCCUCUCCACAGAAGUCGACAAUAAUACUCAAUGGAAUGCAACCGAUGUCCGUAAGUUAGCAACCGAAAAGUUUCCGGACCGGAAUGUUCGCAUGGAGCUUUUCGCAUACGAUGGCAGGCGGGCCCAGGAGAGAGUUGAGAAAAUCAUCAACCCGCAGCUCACUCCCCGACAGUGCAUGAUGCAGAUCAAGAACACCAACUUCACUCAGUCCGGCCCCAGAGCUCAGUGGUAUUGGAUGAUGGAAAUGAUGUUCAGAAAGUUCCACCCCAUCGGCUUUGCAACUCACGGCGGCCAUACCACUGGCUAUGGCAUCGAUCCUGGCCCGGUAUACCUUCUGCCUCAUGGCUUCAACCCCAACAACCACACCGGACAGCGACUUCAUCACAGUUUGCUCGGAAUCAAUCUUGACAUCGGCCUUGAAAUUUGCGACACAGACCCAGGAAUUCCCAUCAAGAUGAUUAACACCGGAUCCGACCAUGUGUUCACCCCUCCUGAGACAGGCUUUGUCUUCGCCCAGAUUGGAUCUCUGCGUGUCUUUAAUGGUACCAACGGCUGGCCCAAGAAGGGCGAGCCAUUCAACGACGCAUACAUGCGCGAAAGUCCAUGGGAAGAGACUAAGUUUGGAGUUGUUGUCCGGAUCGAUAAUGAUGGCAACCCAGGAGCGGUCUACGUCAUUUACAACUUCUGGGCGCAUGGAAAAAACAUUGAGGCGAACGACCAUUUCCGACCUCCUGUCAGGAACCACAAAAAUCAAGUCCUCCCCCACGUUGGACAGCUUCACCCCAAGUGCAACCCGGGCGAGAACUUCACCGUGGCCAAGAUUGCUAACAACAUUGCGGAUCUCAUCCCCAACCCCGAAUCCGAGUCAUCCCUCCUUGUCUUCAGCAGAGAGUUCGACUUCAAGGUUGUGUCAAAGGAAGAGUGCCACAUCGGCCCCGCCAAGCAGAUUGACCACAACGGUAAGAGCUAUCUCUUGCGUGAUAGUAUCAAGGGACCGCAGACGCGCUGGGGAUGA